AUGGUGACAGUCGACAUGUUGCUGAUUGUCCUCUUUGUUCCAGCUGCUUUGGCUGGUUGUUCUGUUAAAACAGCACUCUCCAUAACUGCACCAAAGAAGCUGGAAGCACUGAGUGGAUCUUGUUUGCAAAUCCCAUGUAGCUUCACACUCAAAGAAGGGCAGACAUUUAACAGCACAAGAAAAACGUUUGGAGUGUGGAUUAAAAAUGGUCCUAGAUUUGGCAAAAAUCCAAACAAUGUGAUCUUCAACAGUAGUGGAGCAGUUAGCAUCUAUCCAAUGAGUGUUACUGGGAACCUGAGUCAGAGAGACUGCACCACUCUGUUUUCUAAUUUAACCACCACAUACACAGACACAUACUUCUUCAGAGUAGAGAGAGAACCAUUCAAGGCGACAGCUUCUUGUGAUCCUCUUCAAAUAACAGUCAGAGAUUCUCCUUGGAGGCCCAAUAUUACAAUCUCAGGUGAUCUGAAGGAGAAGGAGUCUGUCACUAUAACCUGCUCAGCUCUCACUCCCUGUCCACACUCCCCUCCUCAACUCACCUGGAAUCUCCAACAAGACUCUCACAACAAAAUAGAGGAAAACACAGAUGGAAGCUUUACAACUAAAAUCCAGCAGACCAUCACUCUGUCAGACACACAUGAUGGAAAGAAGAUCAACUGCUCUGCCAGAUAUCCUGUGAACCAAGGAAAAGACACCAAGACAGCAGAGACAGAAGAGACUCUCAGUGUUUCAUUUGCUCCUAAAGACACCUCAGCAUCCAUCAGUCCAUCAGGUUUGGUGUCAGCAGGCAGCUGGGUGAAGCUGACCUGCUCCAGCAGAGCCAAACCUCCAGUCAGCAGCUUCACCUGGUUCAAGAAGAGCAGAGAUGGAGCUGUGAAAGUAUCUGAAGGAGAGAUUUACAGCUUCAAUGUAACAGAUGGAGGAGUUUAUUACUGUGUGGCCACUAAUGAUCUGGGUAAUCAGACAUCAGCAGAGAUGAUUCUAACAGUAACAGAACAGCCUUCAUCAUGGUGGGCUGCUGUAGGUGGGAUCAGCGGGAUCAUCAUAUUCAUCUGUAUGGUUUUUGUGUUUUGGCAACUAAAAUCAGCACAUCGACCUUCACAUCAGACAUGGAGUCUGUCUCUUCAAGAAGCAGCCAGAACAGCAGAAAAUGAAGACGUCCAUUAUGGAGAGAUUGACUUCUCCAAGCAGAGACCUUCUUUAGACCCAGUGCAGGAGAGCACACAGCAGCAGGAUUUGGUGUUUUCACAGGUCAAAGUGUGCAAGACUCCAAACAGCUUAACACAGACAUGUGAUGGGCCAGAGUGUAUCUACGCUCAAGUGCAGAAGAAAUGAGUGAAACCAAAACAUGACAAAGAAAACGGAGGAUCUUUUCUCUUUUUCUGAAUAUAUCAAAUAUGAGAAGACUGUGUAAUUUU